GUAACCAAAUGGCAACUACAAGAUAUCUGGUGGUGGUAUACGUGGUCACCGCAGGUCUUCACGAAGACGAUCUCGGCUGUGAUGAGGAGGAGACCGUUCUGUUGGCGUGGGUUGUGGUGGACAUCACCAAUUGCAAAGUGGUGGCCGUCCAUACGAGUGUCGUUAAGCCCCGUAGCGCUGAUGUGAAUGAGAACCUGCUGUCCGAAGUGGCCCGCAAUCAGUACGGCCUCACAGAGGAGCUCAUCAAAGAUGGUCAGCCCCUCGAGAAUGUGCUCGAAGAGUUGGAUCAGUUCGCAAAGGCGAAGCUGUCCAGUGAAACGGGCCGUUCCUUCCACGUGAUCACUGACGGACAGUUACACCUGAGACAAGUGCUUCAUCCCGAAGCCUCCAAUAAAGGCAUACAAUUGCCUGAAUAUUUCAAUACAUUUUAUGACUUACGCAAAGAAUUCCGAAAGUUUUAUCGAAAUAAUGACAUUCAGACCAUUGAAGACGCCAUUAAUUAUUUAAGUAUUGAAGGCGACGCCUCAGCCGACUGUGCCGUACAAAAGGUGCAAAAUAUGGCACAAAUCAUCAUUAGACUCAUCACUGAUGUUUGUGUUCAAAAGUUGAUUAGAAGUCCAAAACUGAAAGACAGUUCAGUAGUGCUCUUCAAUGAAGUGAAGAGAGCCGGCAGUCUAGUACUCACUAUACAAUCCAAGUGCCUAUUCCUGUGGACAUAUCUGACUGAAUGA